AUGGCCGCCAAGGUAUAUAUUAUUUUAAGGAUCAAACAUUGUGCUUUACUCGCACGCGACGAACAAUAAUCGAAUAUGUUUUGCCGAAAACCGAUUAUUUCGUUUCGUAUUUUUGAGAUAAUACCAAUACGUUUUUAUACAUUUAUUAUUCCCGAUUGAACCGGAGGACGAAAUCUCCGGUCUCAACGGAUUACUUCUGUUUUAGUCAUACCGUUUUAUAUUUAAAAAUGUGUUGUUUAUAACCUUACCCUGUCUAACCUAACCGUGCAUUUCAGAUGAUCAUUCUCGCCGCCUGCGUGGCCGCCGCCGUCGCCCAAUACGCCGCCCCGGCUUACCCAGCACCGGCUUACUCCGCACCAAAGGCCUACGCCCCGGAACCCGCUUACGCCCCGGCCCCGUACAGCUUCGAAUACAGCGUCAACGACCCGUCCACCUACGACGUCAAGAGCCAAUCGGNACCCCGUCUUACUCCGCCCCGGCUUACAAAGCCGCCCCAGCCUACAAACCGGCCUACUCAGCGCCCGCAUACUCAGCACCCGCAUACCCAGCACCAGCUUACCCGGCACCCGCUUACUCGGCACCCGCCUACAAACCAGCCCCGUACAAGGCAUACUAAUCGCCGACCACUUCGUUCAAAUUCUUCAAUACAAUACCCCGCAAUCGUUGAUGAGCUGAACUUUCCGUUAUAGAAACAUCACAGCUCUUAUUCCAUUCCUACAACAUCGGAAUGAAAAAUGUUUAAUUUAUUGUUUGUUAAUUAAUAAAUAAAUUAUUAAUUUAACAUAUUGAAUAUUUUGUGUCGUGUUUAUUUGUUUGUCUCUUCACUCAAAGUCAUAUACAAGUACACCACUUUUUUUUUCUUUUUUUAUGCAUCUACUCCACAUAAAAGGUUUUAUAAAGCUAUCGACGUGAUAUAAUCUGAUCGCUGAACGUCGUCUCUCAAUAGUCUUAUGUCGUAAUAUGUUUUACCUCUAUUAUUUUAAAUUUUAUUUAAAAUUUACUUAUACUCUGUGUUUUCACUCUAUUAAUAAUAAAACAUAUGUAGAAAUAGUAUAUUUUUACGAAAUUAAAUUACUUGUAACAUAUCGUACCAUUCAAGGAUGUUGGUUGACCUACAUGCCGUCCUAUUAUGGAUCAACUCGUAUAAUAUGGUUCGUGUAAUUGGUUGACCGUACAAUGCUCAUUAGUUAAUAUUCUCAAUUCAAUUUAACGGGAUUAAACUAAAUCGCAAAUCCCUAAAUUCCAUUUUACUACAAUUUAGUGGUAUUUAUAGUCGGAAUCAAGAUAAAAGUAAAAUAAUUAAUUAAAACAUAAACAUUACAACAAAUCAUAAUUAAUUUUAAUUAAAUAUACUUAAAAGAAUAUGUAUAUAUAUUUAUUAAAAAACAAUGUUAGUAAAAAUUAUCAAAUAAUAAGUUUUGAUAUUCACUACAGCGAAAAGAAUAGUAUAAAAUGUAAAAAAACGACAGUUAUACUUCCCACGUGGAUCGGUCACUAUUGUAGGUAAGAAGUUAAAAAGUUAGUAAAGGGGAAAUUUAAUGUAUGUCUUUAUGCAACGAUUAACUAUUGCUCAUAAAAAAACUCCUGUGCGCGGAUUUCGGUUGAGAAUUUUUUCUCGGUGUUCCAAUGGUUUUCUAUAGUUUUCCCAUCAAAAAAAAAAUUGACUUCCCUAACAUACCUCUUCAGUAUGACUUUCUUUCAGAAAAAGUGCUUUAUUGUUAAUUGGAGUAAAAUUGCUGAUAUAAAAGUUUUAAACAGAAAAAUAAUCAGCAUUAUUGUAAAACCAAUACAAAUCUAAAAUUUUAAAUAUCGUUCAAAAAACUAAUAAUAUCAAGAAGUGAUUCUAUUAAAACCUAAGUAAAUUAAUACGAUUUCUCGGUAAACGACAUCUAAAAGUAUAACUAGUUAUUAUAUAAAUCACGAAAAGUAACAUGAUAUCCAAAUAUGUUAGGCAUAACUUUAAAGUAUUUUAAAUUUAGUUUUACUUCUUUAAAAAUAGAUUUACUAGAUGUCCUAUAGUUAAAAUGAUCUCAACUUCAAAAAAAAAAAAAAAAAAUAAAAAAAUAUUUCCAAAAAGCAAAUAAAGGGCAAGCUCAAAAAUAAACCAAGUUAUACUUAUUUCACAGAAAAUAAAAAUGUUUUGGUGUGAUAUGUUAUGCUUGUGUCUAUAAUUGUUUGAUUGUACUACAAUUUAAAGUGUUUUUGUACUACGUAAUCUAAUUGUGUAAAGCAAUUUUUUUUUUCUUUAUAUUCAAAUUUCUUCAAAAAUCGUAAAAAGCACCACAUUAAUUCAAAACACGUAUAAUUGAACUUCGCAUAAAAUUGUAUUUCAAUAGCAACGAUUAAUCGUUGCGUGUUCACAAAUAUCAUUAAAUAACCCUGUGUAUCUAUCUUACUUUUCCAACAUUUCACCUAAAACAAUGGCGAACCCUUGUAUUUAUUUAUGCGUAUAUCAACGCCGCGAGGAUAUAGUACAGUACAGUUUAUAAUAAUGGAUAUUGCAUUAAGAAUACAUUCGAAAGAGAAGACACAAUAUAGGUAGAAUACAAGCAGAUUUAACGAUUUUUUUUUUUUUUUUUUUUUUGUAUAACCUAAUUUGAAUUUAUAUUUAAUCUUCUCGUAUUUAAAUUAAUGCCCAUUAUCUAUGAAGUAUAUAUGUACACGAAUGAACAUCUAUCUAUACACGAUCAAUAGACUCAGGAUCUACUGGAGCGAUUUGAACGUGGUUCACAACAAAAUGUUCCACGUUGUCCGGAGAAGAUUCGUAGCUAUUGAACUCCACUCCCUUAUUAUAAUCACUAUAAUUAUUCAUAAAUUCAUAAUUAUUAUUAUUGUUAUACCCCCCCCCCUAUAUUGAAUACCAUCUCAUACAGUUCGGAUUUGAGAUAUUUUUAUUAGUACAAAAAUCUAGUUAUUUUUGUUUAUGUAACGGUUGCCUUGGUCAAAAAAAAAAAAAACUGUAGUAAUAGCGUAUUCCGAUAAUUUGUAUUUUGUUUAUUAUUACUUUUGGCACGGGCAACGUCGGACGGGACAUAUCUAGUAGGAUACAUAAUUAUAGAGAAAAAAAGCCGAUACUAGGGACGGGAGCGGCCACUGUUGUUGGUGAGUAGUUGGGAAGGUAGGAUACGUAAGGUUAUUUCAUUUUUAUUUGUAUGCAACGAUAAUACAUUGCUCCGAAUCUAAAUUACGAAAAUCACGUAACUCCUUAUCAACUAAAUCAACAGCCGUUUUUGAAAGUUAAAACCGAUCUUAUAAACGCCAUAAGGUGUUCUAAGCAUAUUUUUAGAAACUCAAAGUUAACAAUUGCAUUUAAAAAUGUAACCUAUUUACCGUGACUCCGACAGUCAUCGGAUAUCGGAUACCAAAUAUGACCUCGGUAUCAAAUCCGCCAUCCCUAUUAUUUUAAGCUGUUUGUUUAGAAACAUGUUAUUUAUUAUUUUCAAAAUAUUAAUCGAUUUUUAGGAUAGUCGUAAGCUAUUUGAAUAUUUCGAAUUAAUGUGAUAGAAACAAUAAUUACACUAAGGGUUUACAAUAGAUGGUCCGCAGGUCAAUACUGGCUCGAAGAGAAGAAAUAAAUGGCUCGCCAAAAUGUUUUUACUUUAACGCUGGUUUUCGUUUUCACUACGUGUCUCUUUGCAAAUACAGAAUAGCGUAGUCUAUAUUUAUGACGUGUUUGGUGAUUACGAUAGAAAUUAUUGUUGUUUUUUUUUGGAAGUGUUUAAUAAUACGGAACACCCAAAUAAUAGAGUUAACAAUUAGUUGAUCUUUAUUUUUAUUUUAUCUGGCCCCUCUUAGACACUAAUUGCCGACUCCUGAACUAUACAUUGUACAUACAUUGCAUAAUAUUACGUUUAUUUUGUAUACGAUUGUAAUGAUUUGUACGCAGAAUAAUGAAAAUUAGGAUUUCAUGUUUUUUUUUUUUUUUUUAAUUAACUGACGUAACGUAUAUUUAUUGUAUAGGGCUCGGAUGAGCAGAAUCAGUAUCGUGGAAAAACAUAAAAUAGGAGGGAAUCUGGCGUAGGUAUCUAUCGUAUAAAUACCGUAGCCCAAGAUCGGAUAUUCAUCACAUACAUUUCGCUUUUUGUAUAAACACAAAUAAUUAACUACAAGUAUAUUUUGUAUACAUUUAGUUAGUUCCACGUAGCUACAUAUUUUGAAAAUGGCAAUAAAGGUAAGCAUUUUAAAAUCUAUAUAACAAACAGUAAUUUAUUUAAUAAAAAAAAAACUUACCAUCAUAGUAACAACAAAUUUAAAUUGACUUAACCUUACGAAAUAUUGUAUCAUAUUGUUGUCGUUUACUCCGAAUUAUGGUUUAUUUUAACAGUAUAUUUAUCUUGUCUUACUAAUAAUAUAACUAUCGAAAAGAAAGAAGCAAAAGUGCAAGUAAUAAUAUGUUUUUUUUUUUUUUUUUAAUACUAUUGAAAAUAAGAUUCUACACAAAUUAACUGAGUGUUUUAUCAAUUUUUUUUUAUUAAGUCUUUUUGUUUAAACGUUCGGUGAAAAUAUCUUAGUUGGCAUUUUCUUUUACAAAUACCCUUUACUGGAAAUACUCACACCCAAAAGGUAUAAAACAUAUUCAAAGUAGUUUUAGUCUGUUUAUACGCGAUAUACGUCUACGUGUUAUACUUCUUCGUCUCAUUUUCCUUUGCUUUUAUACCAUUGCGCGGGUGAAGUAGCAAAUAAUCUCAUUCCUGCUGCCCACUAUCAAUUGUCCUAUACAGUCCUCGUAAACUACGAACGUCCUCACAUCACUAACCCAAUCGCAAAUCAUUUUCUGUCAUAUACCCGACUAGAUACUCCACACGGUUUUCGUCUGUACACAAUAUGCAUAAUUCUUUUUUAUUUCACAGAUGAUCAUAUUCGCCGCGCUGUGUUGCCAGUUGGUGUUCGCCUACCCGCCGCACUACAGCAGUAACUACGAUCACCACAACUACGCCCACGAACCCACCCCGUACAACUUCGAGUACGGCGUACACGACCCGCACACACACGAUAUCAAGAGCCAACACGAAGUGAGCGACGGACACGGAAACGUCAAAGGCUCGUACAGUCUGGUGGAACCCGACGGUUCUACCCGAGUGGUCGAGUACACGGCCGACCACGAACACGGUUUCGUGGCCAAAGUGAAGAAAAUCGAACCGGCCUACCAUCACCACGACGAACACGAGUACCAUCACGAACCCGUGGUCCAUUCGUCUUACACCCCGUACUCUCACCACAAGCUAUACUGAUCCUGAUUCAAAUGUUUUCCCGUGUAUUCAAAUGAACAGAAAAAAAAAAAAUAUACGUAUAAACUUUUCUUUAAAAAAUCAUGCUCGUUGUAAAAUUUAUCGACCCACUUAUACUCCUUAUUGUGUAUGAAAAAUGUGAAACACUUUGGAUGAAAAAAAAAAAAAGAGCUGUUUGUACAGAUGGGGAGUACACCAUCGUCGUAGAGGGGAAAUAAGGAACAAAGGAUACAUAAUUUUAUUUUUAUCAGUAGGCAAUGGUGAAACACGUUUAAUGGUACUGAGUGAAUUUUUUUUAUACACAAUUUGAAAGAUCGUAAACUAUACGAUUUUCAAAUUAAUUAUAAUGUUNCAAGCAUUACAAAAAAAAAAAAAAAAAAAAAAAUGUCUACAACACGCUACUCUUAUUUUUUUCUGACAAUUCAGUACAACUUAAAAUGAAUUACCCUUUAAACUUUCAAGCAUUUCUGUUCAAUACAUUGCGUAUAACUUAAAAACAAUUUAAUCGCUAACCCUGUAUCGUUCCAUAAGUAAUUUUUUGAUUAUUAUAAUUCUAAUUUUGAGAUUUAUCUUUCAUUUUGGAUAUAUUUUGAAAAAUCAAAAGUGAUUCCUCUUAUGCACUGACUGGAUUUAAAAUUAAUUAGAAUAAGGUCUAUUGUCGUCUAUAGAAAUUCUUGCGUAAGUUCGUGUUACUUAAAAUGUGGAUUUACAUUUUUGUACAGAAUAUUAAGUGCUCGUAUAGAUCAUGACUUCACACACAAUAUCGCACUGAUAUUCGCGGCUUUUUUAAUAAAAAUGUACAUUAAAAAUAUGCUCCAAGGGCCUUUGAUGUGUCAUACCAACACAGGUAGGUCAUCACAUAAAUUAUCGAAAAUAACUAAAAAAAAAUGAUAAGUAAUAACAAGUAGGUUGUGAUGUGUGGUCAAAAUUGGUCUAUUAUGUAAUCGUAGUUGAGUAGAUAAUUUGAAUAUAAUUCAUUUGUUUGUUUUUAUUUCCAUUUAAAAUAUGAUAAUAAAUUUAUAUGUAUCUAUUUACACCAUGAAUAAAAAUUGUAUAAAAAAAGUUUUAUUUCAAAAACAUAAAUAAUGACAUAAUAAUUUAUAUAUCAUUACAUGUAUAAUAAAUAUGCAUGGAAAUAAUGUAUAUGGAUUGAUUUGAAAGGAUUAUUUAGGGCGGUAACCGCUGUAAUUCACCAGAAGAAUUAUUACAAUAAUAAUAAUAAUAAUAAUAAUAAUAAUAGUGAAUGACCGGUUCUGAUUCAACAAAUAUGAUAAAACUGGAAUAUCACGUACUUUUCGAUUAGCGAGCUUAGCAUUAUGGAAGGGAUUUUAAACGGCGAACCGUGGUCGAUCGACAUAAAUACGACGGAUUACGAGCAUGCGUUACCAGUACCAAACACACCAACAAUUACUCUUCAUCAUCACUAGAACACAGUUCAAAAACUACGAAUAAAAUGGCCGCCAAGGUACAUAAUGUUUGACGAUUCGACUAUUACGUUUAACGCACACGUGACUAACUAUAGUCCAAUACGUUCGGCCGAAAACCAAUUACUUUAUUUUAUAUUUUUUACUAACAAAACUUUAAGAUAAUAUAAAUCAAUAUUUAUAAAUGUAUUAUUUCUGAUUGAACCGGUACAUAAAGUCUCCGCUCUCAAAGGAAUUCUGUCUUAGUCAUACCCUUUUAUUUUUAACCAUUCGUUGUUUAUAACCUUGCCAAUAACCUUCUCUAACAUUAGCGUGCAUUUCAGAUGAUCAUUGCACGUGACUAACAAUAAUCAAACAAGAUGUGCCGAUAAAAGAUCGUUUUAUUUUUAUUAUUUUCUAACAAACCAUACGAAUAAUAUCAAACUAUUUUUUUCAAAAUUUAUUAUUUCUGAUUUGACCAGAUGACAAAUGCAGAAUGUUUCUGUUUUAGUCAUACGACUUGAAUUUGGAAAAUUCUUUUUUAAUAACCUUACCAACAACACUUUGUCUUACAUAACCGUGCAUUUCAGAUGAUCAUUCUCGCCGCCUGCGUGGCCGCCGCCGUCGCCCAAUACGCCGCCCCAGCUUACCCAGCACCGGCUUACUCCGCACCAAAGGCCUACGCCCCGGAACCCGCUUACGCCCCGGCCCCGUACAGCUUCGAAUACAGCGUCAACGACCCGUCCACCUACGACGUCAAGAGCCAAUCGGAAUACAGCGACGGAAAGACCGUCAAGGGAUACUACAGCCUGAUCGAAGCCGACGGCACCAAGAGGAUCGUCGAAUACACCGCUGACGACUACGGUUUCAACGCCGAGGUCAAGAAGGAAGGCACCCCGUCUUACUCCGCCCCGGCUUACAAAGCCGCCCCAGCCUACAAACCGGCCUACUCAGCACCCGCAUACCCAGCACCAGCUUACCCAGCANACCAGCCCCGUACAAGGCAUACUAAUCGCCGACCACUUCGUUCAAACUCUUCAAUACAAACCCCCGCAAUCGUUGAUGAGCUGAACUUUCCGUUAUAG